AUGCUUGCUUUCCUUCUUAGUGCUAAGUUCGCACUUUGCGAAGACUUCAACAACAUUAGGAUAUACCAAGUAAUGGUUUCAUCAUUCCAAGAUGGCGAUCCAAACCUUGGCUACGGUACAGGAUAUGGUCCAUCAGAUCACAGGGGAGAUCUUCGAGGAAUUAUCAAUGCACUCGAUUACAUUAAGGGACUUGGUGUUAAUGCCCUUUGGAUGACACCAAUUUUCGAUUCAUCAAAUGGCCAAGGCGGCGCAUUACUCCAAUCAACUGGCUAUUUUUGCACAAACUACUUUAAGAUCGAUCCAAAGUUUGGUGAUGAUGCAACAUUUAGGGAAUUAGUUGAUAAAUGCCAUAAGAAAGGAAUGUAUGUUUUCCUUGAUGGCGUUUUUGGACACCAUGGUGGCGUUACUACAGCAUCUCCAUCAGGAAAAUGGCCACAAGGAGGUAAUAAUCCAGUUUCAUAUCCAGGUUCUCUUGACUUUUACAAAGAAGUUGCAAAAUAUUGGAUUGAAAACUACGGAAUUGAUGGCUGGCGUUUAGACCAAUGCUAUCAAAUGUACCAGAACAACUAUAACUACCUUAAAGAAAUCAGACAAGCUGUUGAAGAAGCUUGCAAUGCCAGAAAACAACGUGGAGAGAAAUGGGGAACAUUAGGUUACAUCGUUGGUGAGAACUGGAGAUCAGCCAGUGAAAUCCAACAACAGACAUACAGUGGAGAUGGCAUCAGAUCAGCAUUUGACUUCCCAUCACGUUACUCAUUAGUUAGAACAGUUGCCAUGGAAGAAUCUGGUGCUUCAUCAUAUGUUCAAGAACUUGGAAAUAUAUUCAAGACAAACUCUGAAAAGGGAUAUUACGGCCAAGUUUAUCCAAACUUGUUCAUUUCAAACCACGAUGUCUGGCGCUUUGGUAACCUCAUUAAAAACAAAUACGGUUAUGGCAAAUCCAGCCAAGAUUACUGGAAGAGACAUAAAAUCGCUAUGGCUUUACUUGCAUCAUACACAGGACCAAUCACAAUCUACUACGGUGAUGAAAUCGGUGAUUUGGCUGAAUGCUGGACAGGUUCUAACCCAUCCUGCGGUUCAAAUACUUAUUCAGAUAACGUUGCAAGAACUAAUGGCCAAAUCACAGGAUUCAACUCUGAUCAGCAGAGCUUGCACGAUUAUACUUCCAAGUUAAUGUUCGCUCGCGCAGAAAACCCUGCAAUGUGGCGCGGUACAAGUGGCAUUAGCUACGAUGGCGGUGUAAUGUUCAACUGCAAAUACGAUGAUCAGACAAAGAAUAAAGUCGUUAUGGUCGUAAACCUUGGCUUGGAUUCAAGAACAGUGACAUAUAACGUCGGCGGAUCUAAAUUGACAGAUCUAGUCACAGGAAAGAUCAUCAAUGGUAAUAAUGGUUCUUAUCAGAUCCAAAUUGAAGCAUUGGGAAGCGCUGUUUACAAAGUUGAAUAA